AUGGAACUACCAUUGACGGCUACAACAGAAAAAAGUAAAAAUUCUAUUGAAGAAGGUCGUCUGAAAGCUUCAAAAGGUGAUUAUCUUGGAGCGAUUGCUAGUUUUAAUAAAGUUACACCAGUUACAUUUCAUUCACUCUAUUAUCGAGGAUGUGCUCAUCUUGAAUUGGGUGGACGAAUCGAAAUAUAUAAAGCUAUUGAAGAUUUUAAUCAAGCAUUAAAAAUUUCACAAGUUGGCAUUGAUUCCAAUAUCUAUUAUAAACGUGCUAUUGCGUGUGAAUUGAUUGGCCAAUAUGCAGAAGCUAUUAUUGAUUACACUAUGUACAUUAAGCAAUGUCAACCAUCCGAUAAACAUAAAGGAUAUUUGAGUCGAGGUCUUGUGUACAGUGAGAUACAACAACUUAAUAAGGCAUUAGAAGAUAUAAAUCAUGCAAAUAAAGAAGUCCGACAACCACCUAUAUACUAUCGAUAUUGUCUGACUCGAGCUGAAGCUUCUCUGAAAAAAGAUGAGGAAGCAAAAAUAAUAAUUGAUGAUUUUGCAAAAUUUUGUCGCGAAGAAUGUGAUAAAUCACCACAAACAUUUCAAACUUACUUUUAUUAUGGUCUUGCUUUAUAUGAAUUAAAUAACUAUAAUACUGCUCUACAGCAAUUUAAUGAAGCACUAAAGCAAACAUCCAAUGAAAGAGAAAGACUCGAUACAAUUUUUUAUAUCGGCUUGACUCAAGAUGCACUCGAUCAAAAAGAACUUGCCAAGGAAAAUCUUAGAUCUGUACUUAACAUUGAUAAAAAUUAUACACGAGCUCUAUUCCGACUAGGAAUAAUGGACAGUGAAAAUGAUGAUUUACAAACAGAAGCAUUGAAUAAUUUAACCAAAGCUCAUGAACAAACACCCCAUAAAUCAGAUAUAUUAUAUGUACGUGGAAAAGUUUAUUACAAAAUGGGACAAAUUCGAGCAUGUGUGAAUGACAAACGAUUAGCUUUCCAGCUUGAAAAUGCAAAUAUUGAUUCAGCAACCAUGAAGCAUUAUUUUGAGGUAAGAUAA